CAUACUCACGUCAUGUUCAUCUUCCUCUUGGUCGGCCAUUUUGGACAAGCGAGCUUGUUGUUUUGUGUGUGUUCGCCAUUAUUAGCUGCUCCUCGCAAACAACAAAACGCACAGAACGCGAAGGGGGACAAAAAACGUUGGACGACAACGCCGUGAAGUGAAUAAUGGGCCCGCCGCCGGGAGACAGAUCACGCCGCUCGUCGACUGAAAGAACGGGGGACUCCAGCUGGAUUGUCGAUUUAUCUUGACAUGGCAUGCGACAGGGCGAGCUUGUGACGACGGAGGAGAUCACCGAAACUUCCAGAAGUUGAGAGAAAAGAUUAAGGGGAUUCAUUUUGUUUUGCUUUGUCGGAUCGGUUGUUGAUAACCAGGCAGAAAUUGUGCUCACCGAGUUGCUGACGACGAGCGAAUCUAGCUAAAAUGUUGAGCUCAGGCGCGGCUAGUUAGCUUAGCUUAUCAUAGCCUACGGGUGUUAGCAUCACACUAAAAAGUCACGCUGGGCUUGGGCGAGGAGAAUGUGAAAAGAAAAUGAAAGAAGAAAUGUAAACGACAGCGGGUCCUCACUCUCACACGGACGCCCCCGGUCGAGCCAACAACCUGGAAGAUAAGAUGUAGCUUUUUGUCGCUGACUACUGUCGGAAGUGUGAAAAGGUUAGCUUGCUAGCUCGGCCUAGCUAGUGUGCUAAAAAUACAACAUGACAACCAGCAGCAGGCUGUGUGCCAAAUGAGGGCCAGGGAAAUGUUCAGUUGCUUUGGCACCAAGCCGCCUUCCAUAUUACCCAGUGCCAACAUCUGGCAACCUGCUCGUCUGUCUCUAACGGAGAAGUACAUAUUCAGCCAUGGAUGAGGGACUUUGAGACGACCCAAAUAUUAGCCUUGUAGUCCUCAAUUUCACUAGCUAUGGGUCUCUGUUGGUAAUUUCGGCCCUAUCUUCCACGGGGAACUAGUCAAGCCACACUUUGGGUUGCUCGUUUACUUCCGAACCUGGUGAUGGCAGGUUAAUGUUAAGCUUAUUUGGCUUUAAAAGCAACAUGGAUUUGUGAACAACUAACCCAAGGAGAUGUAGUCUUCAUCUACUCCCCCUCCUUCCAACACUGCCCUUUUGUUGCAAAAAAAAUGACUUAGUUCUGCAUUUGAUGAGCUUUUCAGUUUGUAGUUAGUGUCUGUCUCACAGAGUUGUGUUGUUACUGCAGAGGCUAGCAAGCUCUCCGUCGUCUAAUUACACACACGCACACAAAAUAAAGUAGAGCGGGUGGUCAGACGUAUUCUACACAAGACGCUGUUGUCAUCACAGUCCAACUAUGGGGGAUCCGACCUCACGGAGAAACCAAACAAGAAAUCGGCUGCGCGCUCAGCUGCGGAAGAAAAGGGAAUCUUUGGCCGAUCAGUUCGACUUCAAGAUUUAUAUAGCCUUUGUUUUUAAGGAAAAGAAAAAGAAGUCGGCCCUCUUCGAGGUCGCUGAAGUGGUGCCGGUGAUGACCAACAACUACGAGGAGAACAUUCUUCGAGGAGUGCGGGAUUCUAGCUACUCCCUGGAGAGUUCCAUAGAGCUUCUGCAGAAGGAUGUGGUGCAACUCCACGCCCCCCGAUACCAGUCCAUGCGAAGGGAUGUGAUAGGCUGCACGCAGGAGAUGGACUUCAUCCUUUGGCCACGCAACGACAUCGAGAAGAUUGUCUGUCUGCUCUUCUCCAGAUGGAAGGGCGCUGAUGACGAACCCUUCAGGCCUGUUCAGGCCAAGUUUGAAUUUCACCAUGGCGAUUACGAGAAGCAGUGCUUGCACGCCCUGGCUCGUAAAGACAAGGCUGGAAUGGUCAUGAACAACCCCACCCAGUCUGUGUUCCUCUUCAUGGAUCGACACCACCUACAGACUCCUAAAACCAAGGCCACAGUGUUCAAGUUGUGCAGCCUGUGCCUGUACCUGCCCCAGGACCAGCUCACCUGCUGGGGUGUGGGAGACAUCGAGGAUCACCUCCGACCUUACAUGCCCGACUAAGGCCUCCCGUGUGGCGAGGGGGAGUGGCAGAGCCCUUGGCAAACCCUCCCUGCCUUCCUCCCUGCUUUCAGAAGCACUCUUCCUCACCUGUUAAAAGAUUGAACUUGUGCUUGGAUCUUUUUAUUUUGGUUACCUUCUCCUCAUUCUCCCCUCCCUUGUUGUUCCCUCCUCCUUCUCUGCCAUGUUUGGAUUGACCCCUCCCUCCUUUUAUUGUUCAGUUUGACCCCUCCCUUCAUCCCCCUUCAACAUCCAUUUGUUAUUUUCCGUGAACCUGCACGAACAUUGAUUUGGAGUGUUUCUUCUCAGCAGCAGCAGCAGGCUUCAUUGUCCAUGGCAGGAACUCUUUGUUGCAUCCAAACAGGAAACACAAUGGUGGACGUGUUCUUUACCCUUGUUGUCACAAGGGAAGAGUGUGGAGGUUUUGUUUUUGUUAGCCGUGCAGACUAGAUGGGGCGGGUGGGCUUUUACUGGAACAACUUUGCACAAUGUUUGACCAAGGAAGGCGUGGAAGCAGCCAUGAACAAUAUCAUCACGUCAUAGCGUAGUUCUUGCUUCUUUAGUUCUCUUUGCUGGAUGCAAAAUGUUAACCAGAAUCACUGAAGCUACUGAUGUUUUCAUUAUUUUUGGAGAUGCGGGCUGCUGGUAAAAGUCAAUCACUUUUGCUUACUACUAAUAAUAAUAACAAUGUACCUAACGUUUCACUUUGAUUUCACUGAUAAUUUGAUCAAAUUGGGGCUUGCUUGUCAAAGACUAUGGAGUAGUGCUUUUUUUUUGUUCACUCAAGUGUGUCCAGUUGAGAAGGUUUGAAGCAAAUAACUUGUUUUUCUGUUCUGAUCAAUACUGCUGAACAUAUACCAAUACAGUGCAAAAUCUGAACACAA